CCUAGUCACGGGCUGUGGAUCAUACCACCCAUCUCAGAUCACCUCAUUUAGCGUGAAUCUCUUCGAUCUUUCCUGCUGUACCUAUCAGCUGUUUUAGCACGGGAUAGGUUCGGACCAUGGGUAUGACAUUAGCAGAAUUCGCGCUUUACUUCUUAAACGGUGUUGUGAAACUGAAGUCUCUACCCGUGGUUAUUGUAUACCUGUCUUUUGUGGCUUUCUCGCCGCUUUGGACUCGAUAUGUUCGCCCUUUUGGUCUCCGUAAGGUUCUGGUGGUUUACAAUUUUGCAUGUAGUAUAUUCAGCCUUUAUUCAGUCGUCAUCAUCCUUGCAGCCCUGGCAAGGAAUUGGCCACGUUCUUUGUUUUCAUGUGAGGAAGAUUCCCUCGUAAAGCACGCUUUUUGGGUAUACUACAUGACCAAGUACAUCGAGCUCAUGGACACAGUCUUCAUGAUUCUUAGACACAGGCUGCGUCAAGUUUCUUUACUUCAUAUUUACCACCAUUCUUCCAUUUUGAUGCUGAGUGAAUACGCUUCCAUUAACGGCAAUUGGCCGGCCAUCUCUGUACCAUUGGGAUUGAACGCCAUCAUUCACGUGUUUCUGUAUUUCUACUACGGCCAAUCUGCACUCAAUCCUGGUCAAAGGCCCGCUUGGAAGAAGAACCUGACCCAACUUCAACUGAUUCAGUUCAUGAUUGGACUGUGUCACAUGAUCGUGGGAUAUCUACAACACGGCUGGUGCUGGUACGGAAUUGCCUAUGAGCUGACCAUGAUAUGGCUGUUUUCUAAUUUUUAUUACCAAGCGUAUCUCAAAGAAAGGGCCGUUGUCAAGAAACUAGAAUGAAGCACACAUGAUUUAGGUUCAAUUUUAAGUAACGUUUUAUCUCGAGUGUUUAUUGGCCUGCGUAACGGGCGUUCAGAUGUUGGGGCGUAACUCUUCAUUUGAGCGCAGCGACAGGGUCGGCAUCUCUUACUUGAAAGUUUCAGUAACUUAACGAGCCUGAAGCCAUCUUCUUGAUUUAAAUUUGAAGGAAAAGAAGUGCAAGUCUUAACUCGAAAACCACGUCAUUCUGUUUAGUAUCUAGACAUUUCUUAUGGCUGUUUGAAUUUCAAGACUAUUAAUUCAUCGAUAUUUAACGAAUUAAUCAGCUUUUCGGACCCGUCAAGUUAUUGAGUCUUUCAAGAAACGAGGCCCUCAUAUCAUGUCAUAUGGGUGUGGCUCCUCGCGUGGGGGAGCCGUUGCGAAAUACGCGUGCCCGCCUUUUCGAGAGUUCGUCACGCAGGUUUGGCUUUUGUUGAGCUAAAUGCCUUGUGUUUUAAAUUGUGUCAAAAUAGAUUGAAACUAAUUCUUUGCUAAGAUAAUCAAUAAUAAUUAUUUUCAUGGUCAGUUGAAAAUUAUUCGUAUUUUUGUAA